AGCCUAGGGCUUCAUACCCGCGCUGCUUCCCCCCACGCGAGCAAGGUCUUGCCGUUUCGGUCCUCCGUCGUCGUCUCGCCAUCGUCGGCUCUCACCGCUUCGCCGAUCCUCACCUCCAGGAAAAUCAAAGGUGUUGCCUUUUCUUUUCGGAUCUUCACGAUCAAGUGACCGAGUCCAUAGCACGUUCGAGUUGAAAAGUUAUGGUGCAAUGAUCAUGCAAUAGUCUCUCUCUCUCUUCGCAGAUUCGAAUUGAGGAGAGAUUGGUCAGCUCUCUCCCAAGUUCCAGAUUCAUAUUCUUUUCCCUUCUCUUACAUUGAAAUGUCAUCUUUUCCACUGUUAUUUCGCUGCACUGUUUCUCGAUGAGUGAUUGGAUCUUUCCCUUCUUCUGUUCCACCAUCUAUUUCUCUUCAGCUAUGCAUUAGGGUUAGAAAUUUUUCUCCCUUUUAGCUAAAUCUUUGUUCUCUUUCCAUUUGCUUUUUGGAUUCAGUGUCUGUAGCAAGUUGUCAAAGAGUUGUUCAAUUUUCAAUUGUGGAGAAGCAUUAGUUAUGCAUAGCGUUCAAAGGGUCAUUUCGCGACUAUCCUCUUUUUCGGUUAACCCAAGCACAAGAGCAUGGGGGCUUCUGAAGGAGAAGAGCCCGGUUUCGUCGAAAGUGUUGUGUGAUGUUAGUCAGGUUAAUGGAAGCCGAGCAUUUUCAGGUAAAUCAGGGUCUGGUGGAUUUGGUGGCGAUGAUGGAUGGGGUAAUGCGGUGGGAGGAUCGUUUGGUUCGACUGGUUCUGAUAACCUUAGUUGGGACAAUACUUCAAUGUGGUCAGCUGGUAUGACCAAGGACCAUUUCGACGGUCAGGCCGUGGGACGUCAGACGAACCCAUCUGCUUCUGAUUCGGGCAGUUCUCUUAGUGGAUUGGACCCGAAUCAAGUUGCGCUAGUUAAUGAAUUGCAAGAAUACGAGGAUUUGGUGAAGGAGAUGGAACAGGAGAACAGGAGAAGCAAGGUUUUUAUGGAUGGGUGGGGUGAGAGAAUGCGUGAGAUGAGUGUGUUGCUGAAGCAAGUGCGGGAGCCUGGUGCGAGGGGCACUUACCUCAAAGAUUCGGAAAAGGCGGAGAUGUACAGAUUGCACAAAGAGAACCCUGAGGUCUACACUGUUGAGAGGCUUGCCAAGGAUUACAGGAUCAUGAGGCAACGUGUUCAUGCCAUUCUUUGGCUGAAGCAAGAUGAAGAAGAAGAGGAAAAAAAACUCGGUGGACCCUUGGAUGAUUCUGUUGAGCGUUUGCUUGACGAGUGCCCUGAGUUCUUCAUUUCACAUGACAGAGAAUUUCAUGUGGCAUCACUUCCUUACAAACCCGACUUCAAAGUGAUGCCGGAGGGGUGGGACGGUACCAUCAAAGAUAUGGACGAAGUCCACUAUGAGAUUUCGAAGAAAGAGGAUGACAUGCUUUAUGAGGAAUUCGUCCAGAGGUUCGAGUUCAAUAAAAUGAAAUGGAGAGGAGAGGUGAAGUGCCAUAAGUACAGCAGAAGACGGAAAGCGGAUGGAUGGAAGAUAAUGGUGGAGAAAAUGGGUCCACGUGGAAAACGAGGGAACGGAGGUGGCUGGAAAUUCGUGAGCCUUCCCGACGGAUCGAGCCGGCCUCUCAAUGAAGUAGAGAAGAUGUACGUUAAGCGUGAAACCCCACGUCGCCGCCGCAAGAUCCUCCCCUGAUUCCUUUACAUCCUCCCGGUUCGGUAAUACAACAACAACACCUUGCUCUCGAGCUUAUUUGGGGUCGGUCACAUGAAUUUUUCUUCUUCAAAGCGGCAAAUCCACAGGUCCGGUAAUGUUGCAACAAAAUCAUCUGUCUGUCUCUCUGUUUGAUAUCCGAUGUCUGAAUAUGAAUAUUUCGAAUUUUACAAGAAAUCGUUCAAUCUUGGAUCUGUUUUUGGCCCAAGAUUGAAAAUCCAAACUAAUUUUGGUAUCUAUGUUUAAUGUUUACGUAUACGAAUUUUUUA